CAUUUAUCAAGAAUUCCCACUUUUUAGAGCUGCCCUUCCUAUUCAACUUUUGACACGUGUACUAUUUUUUUUUAAUGUUGAUCUUUAAAAUUAACUAAAUCCACACAUUAUCUUCUUAUGCAUAGACACCUAUAUAUAUGUUUCCUCAACAUUCAGAAAAAUCCCAUGUUUUUUUCCAAUCCUAAUCGACCAAAAAGUUGUUUCUUUUCACUUUUUUCUUGUUCUUAGUAUACCUAAAAUGGGUGAUGGCAAUAUUGAGAUGUUUAAAGAUAAAUGGUUUCAAUGUGGUAAUAAUUUGGAGAACAAAAAUUGUUCUUCAUGGAUGAUUAAUGAAGGUGAUAAUAAUAGUCAAUCGUCUUCGUCGAUCGGAGAAUCAUCGUCAACGAUUUCGAUUUUAAAUUGUAAUUCUUCACUAGAGACCAUGGAUGAUGCAUCUUCGGAUGGGGCUUUGUCCGAUUUAUCGACUCUUAUGGCUCAAUUGCCAAUCAAGAAAGGGCUUUCGGAGUAUUAUGAGGGGAAAUCGGAGUCAUUUACAUGUUUGGGAAGAGUUACAAGUUUAGAAGAUCUUCCAAAGAAGGAAAAUCGUUGUAAUAGGAAAAUGAAGAAGUCGUUAUACAAGUCAUAUACACUUCCUAAACCAAUCAUGUUCAAGAAAUCUUCAAGGAGUUCAUUUUUAUCAUCUUGUUAUACUAGUAAAAGACCAAGUUCUUCUAUAAGCGGGAGCAGGCCACCUCUAAUUCCUGUACAAAGAACCUAGUUUUGCUAAUUAGUUAGAUAUAGGAUCACCUUAAUUAGCAUAUUAACAUUAAUUAUUCCUUUUUAACUAAUAAGUAGUGAGGAACAAAUGGAAAUGAAAAAUUUACGGAUUUUGUAGACAUGGUAUCAUGAUUGAUUACUAAUUCUGACUU